AUGAAUCAUUUAUUCUUUUCGGAAAGGAGCGCACUUCUUUGUACACCAACAGCUCGUCAACGAUUCUGCUACGAACGAUGUGCUACCAUUACACGACGGAAAGAAUUUCGUGAUAGAGAACAAAGACAAAUUAAAGAAAAACUGGAAGAUUUGAAAGAAAGAAAUGAAAGCAUAAACCAAGAACGACGAAGAAUAGUUCGUCAACAACACCAACAAAAGUGGGACCGUGAAGAAAGUUAUGUGACGAUGUUUCAAAAUUUAUGUCAAAAUUACAAUGGAAAAAGAUUAACAAGUGAACAAGCAAAAUUAUAUAAACGCAUGUGUUUUGAUCAACUGGAUGAAACAGAAUUUGAAGAAAAACUAGAAAAAAACAAACAAAAAUUACAGAAUAAUGAUCGAGAGCAACACAUAUUAAGAGGGAGAAUUCGACCACACUGCUGGGACGUCAGCGGGAAUUGUAGGAAAUGUGAAAUAGAAAAUACCGGUGGUAAUUACAAUAGUAAUGAUGAACCAACAUCUCGAGAAAACGGCGAAGUCGAUCCUUGGUGCGAUGAAGAUGCAAU